GUUUGCGCGGUUGAUAGACGACUACCUGGUGCCUGAAGGCUGACUGACUGAGGGCAGCCCAACUGUCCUCCCUUGUCCGGUAUUUUCAGACCCUUAAAAUAGUUUAGGGGUUUAUUACAGAAGUAAGUGGUGCAGCUAGUUAGGUUGUGGUUAUCUAAGGAAAUCCGAUUAUCGGCGCUUGCUUUACGCAAGCGGACGGAAAUAGCUGAAAAAUGCCUCCCAUCGAAAAUGACACCGGCAAAAAUGAACUCAAAACUCAGAUACAGAAGCUUAUUGAAGACAAUCAAGUGGUGGUCUUCAGCAAAAGCUACUGUCCAUAUUGUGUCCAGGUAAAGGACCUAUUCAAAGAGCUGAACAUCAAGUGUAAUGUGAUGGAGUUGGAUCUCAUUGAGAAUGGAACCAGCUACCAGGAGAUGUUGCUGGAGAUUACCGGGCAGAAAACCGUCCCUCAGGUCUUCGUCAAUAAGACACACGUUGGUGGGUGUGACAAAACCAUGCAGGCUCAUAAAGACGGCAGCUUACAGCAGCUUCUCAGUGGAGAGAAUGAAGCGUAUGACUAUGACCUUAUCGUCAUCGGAGGAGGAUCUGGGGGCCUGGCGUGCUCUAAGGAAGCAGCCCUCCUGGGGAAAAAGGUUAUGGUGUUGGACUAUGUGGUCCCAACACCGAAGGGAACCUCUUGGGGUCUUGGUGGAACUUGUGUGAAUGUCGGCUGUAUCCCAAAGAAGCUGAUGCACCAGACGGCCUUGUUGGCUACAGCAAUCCAAGAUGCACGGAAGUUUGGUUGGGAGUUUGACGAAUCGGUGAAACACAACUGGGAGACAAUGAAGACAGCGGUGAACAAUUAUAUUGGAUCAUUGAAUUGGGGCUACAGGGUGUCGCUGAGAGACAAGAACGUCAACUAUGUUAACGCCUAUGCAGAGUUUGUCGAACCCCACAAAAUCAAGACCACAAACAAACGAGGAAAAGAGACGUUUUACACGGCAGCCAAAUUCGUCUUGGCCACAGGAGAAAGGCCACGUUACUUGGGAAUCCCUGGGGACAAGGAGCACUGCAUCACCAGUGAUGACCUCUUCUCACUGCCCUACUGCCCGGGUAAGACCCUGGUUAUCGGAGCUUCAUACGUGGCUCUGGAGUGCGGCGGCUUUCUGACUAGCCUCGGGCUGGACGUCACCAUCAUGGUACGCUCCAUCCUGCUGAGGGGCUUCGAUCAAGACAUGGCCAACCGUGCCGGGGAGUACAUGGAAAAGCACGGAGUCAAGUUCAUUCGCAAAUUUGUUCCGAUAAAGAUUGAGCAGCUGGAGGCAGGCAGUCCUGGCAGGCUAAAGGUGACGGCCAAGUCCACGGAAACGGACGAGCUCAUCGAGGACGAGUACAACACGGUCUUGAUAGCAGUGGGUCGAAAUGCAUGCACUGACAAAAUCGGCCUGGAAAAGGCAGGUGUUAAAGUUAACCCAAAGAAUGGGAAGAUUCCAGUGAAUGACGAGGAACAGACCAAUGUGCCCCACAUCUAUGCCAUUGGGGACAUUCUGGAGGGAAAGUGGGAGUUGACGCCUGUUGCCAUCCAAGCUGGGAAGCUACUGGCCCGUCGCCUUUAUGGAGGAUCAAGAGUGAAGUGUGACUAUGUCAAUGUUCCCACCACCGUUUUCACCCCGCUGGAGUACGGCGCCUGUGGUCUGUCAGAGGAGAAGGCCAUCGAGCUCUACGGACAGGACAACAUCGAGGUGUAUCACAGUCUGUUUUGGCCUCUGGAGUUCACCGUGCCAAACCGUGACAACAACCAGUGCUACGCCAAGAUCAUCUGCAACAAACUUGACAAUGACCGGGUCAUUGGGUUCCACUACCUGGGUCCAAAUGCAGGGGAGGUGACACAGGGCUUUGGUGUCGCCAUGAAAUGCGGAGCGACCAAGGAGCAGUUUGACGUCACCAUUGGGAUCCAUCCAACCUGUGCUGAGAUCUUUACCGACUUGGAGGUGUCAAAGAGAUCCGGUGGAGACAUCACCAAGAGUGGUUGCUGAGGUUAAACCCUGCUUGUUUAGCGGGCUGCUCUCAUAAUUGACUCUAUCAGCACCUGUCCUCGUUUGGGUUUCAGCCAGAUUUCACAUGGUGUUAGUCUGGAUUGUUAUCCGAUCUGAUGAAAGAUGCUAUUCUUUGUUGUGAUGCAGCAAAGAGAUGGCCCGAGCUGCUAAGAGUCUUAUAUGAGGGUAGUCUGCUGAACGGCGGGGUUACUCUGCUCAUGUUUCUGCUGGCCUCCACCAGCGUGACCCUUCUCAGAGGAGCUCCAGCACACACCGACAGCUGGGAUGUGUGUGUUUGGAGUGUUUGACGUUCUAGCCCGUAACCUAAAAUACUGAGGUGGGCAAGAAUCGAUGUCCCUCUGCAGAGGCGCCUGAUGGUGGCUCCAAAUCCUUCGUCCAAAUCCCAACCUGCAUCUGAUCGUACCCCCCCACCCCCCCUGCAAGCAGCGGAUGCACAGACUGAAAACUGCUUGAAUUACUGCGUGGUUCUAGAGAAUGUCUAUAUCUCCAUCAUAAUUACAAACUCUCAUCUCACCCCGAAUUCAACAUUGGACUGAGACGUAUGUCUGUAACCAUCAACAUUAAGUAUAGAGAAUGAGUAAUGAGAGAAAACAUGCCCUCUUCUGAGCAUGCAAACCUUAGAGCCUUUGGAGAGAUGCUUUACAACUUGUAGACUGAGCUGUUUUCACAGUUAAUUUAUCCUGUGUGUUUUGCCUCUAUGUUGUAAAUAAAGAUUUAUUCAGUCUUCUGUCAGCACGGGACUUUGGUCAAAUGUAUAAAUGACUAGUUUCUUCAUGUCGGCUCUUCUGGAAAACUUUUUGCUCCACAUUUAAUAAAGGUUGUAUUCAC